GCUCGCCGCGAUGGGACGGGAACGACCUGGCGUCGCGUCGUCACCGGCGCCGCCGCCGACGCCGACGCCGGAUCUCGUUCAAGCGUUGGAGAUGAUCUUCGAAGGCGUCGACGAGUCCGCGUGGAUCGCGCGCGUGCCUCCGCUGAUCGCCGCGCGGUUGACGGGCGACGGCGAAGAAGGCGGCGACGCGAUCGCCUGGGCCGCGGACGUCGUGUCGUUCGCGUCCGCGGCGGCGGCGUCCGCCGCCGCCGCGAGCGCGGGCGACGACGCGGAGGCGGCGGAGGCGGCGACGGCGAUGACCGCGGCGAUGACGACGUCCGGGUUUGGCCUCGCGGAGCUGUCGCGGCUCCCUCACGGCGUGAGCGUGCCUCUGAGGGACGCGCUGCAGCGGUGCCGUCGGUCGCCGCCGGGAGGGUGGCCCGCGGCGGCGUACGCGCUCGUGGGAAGGGACGACCUCGCGCUGAAGGCGGCGUUCGAAUCUUCUUCGAGUCCCGCGCCGUCGCAUUCGGUCGCGGGAAACCUCUCGACCGCGGCGUCGCACGACCUUCGAGCGCGCGGCGUUUUCCUCCCUGGCGUCGGCGCGGGCGGCGGCGACGGCGUCGGCGCGGACGACGACGAGCACGGCGGCGGUGGCGGCGGCGACGGCGACGGCGGGCACGACCUGGACGACGGCGACGGCGACGGCGGCGCGGAGAAAUCAUUUAACGCGACGGACGGCGGCAGCGGCGGCGGCGACGGCGACGAGUUGGAACCGGACGGGAUGUCGCACCUCGAAUCGUACGUCGGUCCGCUGUUGUUCGGUCGCGACCGGCGCUUGCGCGAAGUCCGCGCGCUCCUGUCCAGCGCGAGGCCGACGCCGAUCCUUCUCGGCGGCCUCGAAGGCGGCGGCGGCGGCGCGGACGGCGGCGGCGGCGAGGGCGGCGACGCGGAAGCCGUCAGCGCGCAACAAGCCAGGCUGUGGUCGCUCGCGCCGCGGACGUCCGCGCUCGCGAUCGGCCGCGGCGCGUUCACCCUCGGCACCGCGCGCGCGCGACCGACGGAGGCGCUGAAGAUCCCGACGCUGACGCUCGCGGGAUGCCUCCCCGCGCAUCGAAACGCCGUCGUGAAGCUCGACCUCGCUGCCGUCGGCGAGGGCGCGGCAUUCACGCUCUGGCCAGAGUUCCACAACGGCGCCGCCGCGGGUUUCGCGCUCGCGGCGAGGACGAAAGGCGAGCUCACGCGCGCGUGGAUCGUGUUCAACCGCCCCCGGGAGCCGUCGCACGCGCACGCGGGGGUGUUGAUGGCGCUAGGUCUCACCGGCCACUUGCGCGCUCUGACCAACACGGACAUGUAUCGAUACCUCGUCCAGGAGCACGAAGCGACGACUGUGGGCGUGCUCAUCGGCACCGCGGCCGCGCACAGAGGAACGAUGAACCCGGAGACGAGCAAGAUGUGUUUUCUGCAUCUCCCGACGCGGCACCCCGGGUCGUUCCCGGAGGUGGAGCUGUCCACGCAGGUGCAGAGCGCGGCGUUGUUGUCCGUGGGGUUGGUGUACGAGGGCAGCGCGCAUCGUCUCAUGAGCGAGAUUUUGCUCGCGGAGAUUGGCAAGGAGCCGGGCGGGGACUCGUCGCCGCAGGGCAGGGAAGGGUACGCCCUCUCCGCGGGGCUCGCGCUGGGUUUGGUGACGCUCGGGAGGGGAAGAGACGCGAUCGGUCUCGUGGAUCUGCGGAUACCGGAACGGCUGCGGCGGUACCUCGGCGGCGGCGGCGGCGAGUUCGACCGCCGCCCGAGAGAGUCCUCGUUCCGCGCGGACGAGUUCGCCGCGAAGGACGCGCGCGCGCGGGACGACGCGAACGGCAACGGCGGCGGGCAAGUCAUGGAGAACGCGCUCGUAAACUUGGACGUCACCGCGCCCGCGGCGACGCUCGCCCUCGGGUUGAUGUUUCUGAAAACCAACGACGCCGCCGCCGCCGCGCACGUCGCGGUGCCGAGCACGCACUACGCGCUCGACCACGCGCGGCCGGAUUUCGUCCUCCUCCGCGUCGUCGCCAAGUCGUUGAUCAUGUGGGACAGCAUCGACCCGCACGAGGCCUGGGUCGAGGCGCAGCUGCCGGAGAUAUUGCGGCUGAAGAAGACGUCGUCCCGCGCGUCUCCCGACGCGUUCGAGUUCCAAGGCGAGGACGACGACGGCGGCCACGGUGGUCCGACCGGCGCGGCGGUGGACAGAGAAGCGCUCGCGCAGGCGCACGUGCACGCGCUCGCGGGCGCGUGCAUGGCGUUGGGGUUGCGGUUCGCGGGCACCGCGGACGCCGUCGCGGCGAACACGCUGACGACGUACGCGUUGACGUUUUUGAGAAUGAAAUCCACGGCGGCGGCGGGCGGAUUUCCCGGGAAGCUCGUGGACCGGCCGACGCUGGAGACGUGCGUCGGCGUCGCCGCGAUCGCGCUGUCGCUCGUCAUGGCCGGCACCGGCGACCUCGCGGCGCUGCGGUUGCUGCGACGGCUACGUUUGAGGCUCGACGUCGCGGGCGUCGCGGGGGCGGCGGCGACGGCGGCGACGGCGGCGGCGGCAGCGACGACGGGCGCGGGCGGCGCCGCGGGUCUCUCCCACGGCGCGCACGUCGCGAUAUCCAUGGCGCUCGGAUUUUUGUUCCUGGGCGGCGGCACGAAGACGUUCGCGACGGACGACGCGUCCAUCGCGGCGCUGCUCAUCUCGAUCUACCCGCGGUUCCCGCAGAACACGAACGACCAGCGGUGUCACC